AUGGAGCAGAUGGAGAUAAAAGAUGUGGGAAUAUCUGUCCGACUGCGAAAGGGACCUUGCGGGACGCAGGAUGCGGUUAUCAAGCUCCGGGUGGAUGCAGCCAACAAGGCAUUGCGAGUUGGCAAAGUGAAGUUCGGGUUUUCACGAUCCGAACCGCCCAAACGCUCAAUUCCCAACAAUCUAAAAGAUCGAGGCGAAUCGAUCAAUUUCGACCACGAAAUGGACACGUGUGAGGCAUGCGGUAAUCAGACGGACGAUUCCUUGGUCCAGUGUGACCGAUGCGAUUCUUGGUGGCACUUCGGGUGCGUCGGAGUGAGUGACAGCAUCAGCGAGAAGAGCUUCAUCUGCACGAAAUGCUUCAACACUACUCCCCCACCACCGCCGCCGCAUCAUAAUGAGGAUUUGCGAUUACCACCCAUCGAUACCAUGUCUGUGUCAUCCAAAAGGUCGUCGAUCUCGAAUGCGAGCGCUCGAGCUCGGCUAAAUCUAGAGAGGCUCGAAGUUAGGAAAGUUCUCGCCGAGAAAAUGCUUAACCUGGAGCUACGGGAACAAGAGAGGAAGCUCGAACUCGCCCGCAUGCAGAAGGAGGGAGAAUUGGAACGCAGGAAACUGGAGAUACAACGAGAUUACGAGGAAGAGAAGCUACGUCUGAUGGAGGAAGAGCUGCUUGAUGCUGCUGAUAGAAGUCUACGUUCCCAGCAGAGCAGUAAUAGUAAGGUACGACAGUGGAGAAGUCAAGUGCAACUCGGCGGAGCCUGUUCGACGAUGCAAUCCCCUGCAGCGAACGAGGUUCUGGGCGAUCGUGAAGCACCGACUGCCACGACGACGACUACUACGACAUCUGUGGUACGCAUUACUACGGUAAGCGGCACCGGUGGUGAAACCAGCGGUAGGCAACCAGCCGGCGACUCUGGCAUUGAAACAGCGACGCACUCAGUAGCGAGGAUGGCAACGGGUUCCGGAAUCGGGACGGUUCGCAAGCAGCCAUCGAACAGCGCACACAAAGGCGAAACGGUAAACUCUUUCCCACCCCCUCCGGCGGCUCCGCCCAAUCAAGUUGUUCCUGAACGGUACCGUAAUGAGUUUCUCGUUGGCGAGGCAGGAUUUGGACCCGAAACGGUGACGACGAUUCGACCAGCGCCGGUGAUACCAGCACAGCACACAGCGUGCGGUUCAUCUCUAGGACUUCCGGGGAUGAGAUCGGACCCACCGAUGAGCGAUUCACAAUGGGGGAACAGCUUUGAAGUUCAACAGCCAAGUCAGAAUGCCAGUGCGGGACAGGGAUCAUCGUCGUUCGUCACAUCCAGCCAUCCCGAGAGGCAACCAGCGACACAUGUUCAAUCCAGCAUACGUCAUCAAGUCGACGGGCCUUCUUCAACUCAGCUAGCAGCCCGGCAAGUAAUGCCAAGAGAUUUGCCGAUGUUUUCUGGGAACCCGGAAGAUUGGCCAGUAUUCAUCAGCUCGUUCGCCAACUCUUCCCAGGCCUGUGGAUAUACGGACGCUGAAAACUUAAUACGUUUGCAGCGAUGUCUCAAGGGACCAGCGUUGGAGGCUGUUAAAAGUCGCUUACUGUUUCCUGCGGCAGUUCCCCAUGUAAUCGCUACUUUGGAGACAUUGUAUGGGAAGCCGGAACACCUGAUUUUCAUGCUACUCAAAAAGGUUCGAGAAGUUCCAGCACCGAGACCGGACAAGCUGGAGACCCUGAUCGGCUUCGGAAUGGCAGUGCAAAACCUGUGCGAUCACGUGGAGAUGGGACAACAAGUGGCACACCUCAACAACCCUACUCUUCUGUACGAGCUGGUGGACAAGCUACCGGCCAAUUUGAAGCUGGAUUGGGCGAUGUUCAAGCAGCAAGCUCCGAUCACCAACUUGCGAACAUUUGCGCAGUUUAUGUCAAGGCUGGUAACUGCUGCGGCAGAUGUUACGCUCCACAUGGAUCCGAGAACGACGCAGCGUGGAAAGCCGGAGAAAUCGAGGGAAAAGAAUUUUUUGGGAGCACACAGCGGAGCGAGAAGAACGGAGUAUCCUACAAAGUCAGACGUUCCUGUAGGCCAGUCAACUCGGUCGGAGAAUUUCGUUACGUGCCUCGUGUGCAAGGAACCUGGCCACAAGGUUAGGGAAUGCAAAAAGUUUGCGGACAUGACCGUGGAGAAUCGCUGGAAAGCUGUUCAAACCCAUUCACUUUGCCGAACAUGCAUUGGCGCGCACGGAAAACGACCAUGCAAGUCCAAGAAACUGUGUGACGUGGACGGGUGUCAAGCGAGACAUCAUUCUCUCCUUCAUACACAUGGUAACCAAGGGGAACCAGAAACUGCGCACGGAAUCACCAAUCACCACUUCGUUGAUCGUUCGAGUCUUUUCCGAAUUCUACCGGUGACGCUGUAUGCCAACAACCGCUCUAUCAUGGUGUACGCCUUCCUUGACGACGGAUCGUCGAGGACCCUGAUUGAAGAGGAUGUCGUAAAGUACCUGGGAAACGAAGGGGAAGUGAAUCCACUGUGCUUGCAGUGGACAGCGAAUGUUAAGAGAAUCGAGAAAAAAUCGAUGAAGGUUAGCCUGGAGAUUUCCGGAGAACAGAAGAAGCAUCUCUACCAGCUGGUCGAUGUCCGAACAGUGAACCGUCUAGACCUUCCUCGACAGUCAAUCCGCUACACGGAAAUGGUGAAGAAGUACCCUUAUUUGGGCGGACUACCAAUCAAGGAUUAUGAAGACGCUGUUCCUAAGAUCCUCAUCGGUAACGAUAAUUCCCAUCUUGCAGCCGUGUUGAAGAUCCGCGAAGGCAAUCCUCAAGAACCCAUCGCCGCAAAAACACGUCUGGGGUGGACCAUCUACGGAUCGGUGCCAGGCAGCAGUGAGAACGCAUUGAGCUUCCACAUCUGCAGCUGCGAAUCGGAUUCAUCGCUUCACGAGCUGGUGAAGCAAUAUUUUUCUGUGGAAAGCCUCGGGGUGAAGAUUGUCGACGGUCCACAGUCACGAGAGAUCCAGAGGGCAAAUCGCAUACUGGAGAGUUCGACGAAGCGGAUCGGGCAGCGCUACGAGACCGGCUUGCUUUGGAGGUUCGACGUGUUUGAGUUUCCGGAUAGCUAUCAGAUGGCCGUAAAACGAAUGGUGUGUCUUGAGCGGCGCAUGGCGAAGAAUGCGACUAUAGGAGAAAGCGUGAGGAAGCAGAUGGUCGAAUACCAGGAAAAAGGAUACAUCCACCGGGCGACAGAAGCGGAAUUGAAGGAAGCGGAUCCAAGGAGGACUUGGUAUCUCCCUUUAGGAGUAGCCUUAAAUCCCAAGAAACCGGAGAAGAUCCGAAUAUUCUGUGAUGCUGCGGCUAUGGUAGAUGGAGUAUCUUUGAACUCCAUGCUUUUGAAGGGGCCAGAUCUCCUGAGCUCUCUGUCCGCCGUUCUAUUCGGGUUCCGAGAGAGACGCUACGCCCUCUGUGCCGACAUCAAGGAGAUGUUCCAUCAGAUCCGAAUCAAGAAAGAAGACCGGCACGCUCAGCGACUGUUGUGGCGUGAUUCCCCGGACAAAGAUCCAGCAGUUUACAUUAUGGACGUCGCUACCUUCGGUUCUACCUGCUCCCCUUGUUCGGCACAGUAUGUAAAAAACAUCAAUGCUGUCGAACAUGCAGCGGAGUUUCCGGCGGCAGCGGAGGCUGUUAUCAAGAAACAUUAUGUCGACGAUUAUCUGGACAGCGCGGACACUAUCGACGAAGCAGUGCAGAAGGCUGAGGAAGUGCGAAUCGUUCAUUCCAGAGGAGGUUUCCAUAUCAGGAACUGGAUGUCCAAUUCAGAGGAAGUUCUUCGACGGGUCGGGGAACCCAGUACGGCUACGAAAAAGCAUCUGACCCUGGAUAAAAGCGGCGUAACGGAACGUAUUCUGGGAAUGCUGUGGUGUCCCGAUAAAGAUGAAUUUACCUACUCCACGACCUUGGAAGUGACCACACAUCCACCGACUAAGCGCAUAGUUCUACGAGCGGUCAUGAGUCUGUUUGACCCAUUAGGAUUGAUGUCAUUCUUUGUCAUCCACGGCAAGGUGCUCAUACAGGAUAUUUGGAGGGCAAAAACGGACUGGGACGAGCCAAUCCCGGAGAGAUUAUGUCGAAGAUGGUUCCAGUGGACGAAGCUAUGUGAACAGCUAAACUGUGUUCGCAUUGGCCGUUGUUAUUUCCCGGAUCGUGGUCCUGGAGACUUAGAAUCGCUACAACUUCACGUUUUUGUAGACGCGAGUGAAGGAGCCUACGCCUGCGUAGCGUACUUCAGGGCUGUGUACAGCGGAAAGGUGGAAUGUGCGCUGGUUGCGGCAAAAUCCAAGGUGGCACCGUUGAAGUCCCUGUCCAUCCCUCGUUUGGAGUUGCAGGCCGCAAUACUGGGUGUACGGUUGAAGAAGAUGAUUCGCGAAGCGCACAGUUUACCAAUCGACGAAUGUUUCUACCACACGGACUCCAAGAAUGUAUUAGCCUGGAUAAACUCGGAUCACCGAAACUAUCGACAGUACGUGGCCGUCAGGAUCGGGGAGAUACUGACCGAGUCGAAUGAGAGAGAAUGGCGCUGGAUUCCGACGAAGGAAAACGUUGCGGAUGACGCUACGAAGUGGGGAAAUGGACCCUGCUUUUCGCCAGCUUGUCGGUGGUUCCGAGGACCUGAAUUCCUGUACCGGUCGGAAAAAGAAUGGCCGGUAGACAACCAAGUCAAAUAUGAGACAUCGGAAGAAAUUCGGGCAUGCCUGGUUCAUCGGGAAGACACUAAUACGGAAACGAUCGAAUGGAGUCGUUUUUCAAACUGGAAGCGGCUGUGGCGAAGUGUGGCGUACGUGCAAAGAUUCCUGAGCAACCUGCGGAAGAAAGUGCGUGGCGAACCUCUACAAUACGGAACGUUGACGCAAGAGGAGCUGAUUGCUUCAGAAACCUGCAUUUGGCGACAGGUACAAGAGGCAGCCUAUGGAGAAGAACUUCGAGUACUGGAGACUGCGAAGCGAGAAAAUGUACGAGCACGAUUGGAACGGAACAGCAAGCUACGUCAGCUAUCGCCUUUCCUGGAUGCCGCGGGUGUAUUGCGCUCAGAGAGCCGCAUUCAGAAGGCGUAUUUUGCGUCAUAUGACACCAGGUGUCCCAUAAUACUUCCCAAGGAUAACCCGGUUACAGUGCUACUCGUGGAAUCGUAUCAUAGGAAAUACCUCCAUGCGAACGGCGAGACGGUGCUAAAUGAGAUGCGACAGCGGUUCCACAUUCCCGGUCAUCGAACGCUGAUACGUACUAUUACGAAACGCUGCAAUCGAUGUCGGAUUCGGAAUGCUGCUCCCGUUGUACCACGAAUGGCACCGCUUCCAACAGCAAGACUCCAAGCUUACGUUCGACCUUUUUCCUACGUAGGCCUGGACUAUUUCGGUCCAUUGGCGGUGCGCGUAGGCAGAGCGACGGCGAAAAGGUGGAUUGCUCUGUUUACGUGCUUGACUAUCCGGGCAGUCCACCUGGAAGUAGUCCACUCUCUCAGUACGGAAUCCUGCAAGAUGGCCAUUCGUCGUUUUGUAGCCCGGCGUGGCGCUCCAGUGGAAAUACACAGCGACAAUGGCACCAACUUUGUUGGUGCCAAUAAUGAACUUCGACGAGAAAUGGAGAACACUAGCGCUGAACUCGCAGAAACGUUCACCAACACCAAUACGAAAUGGUGUUUCAUUCCGCCUGCAGCGCCUCACAUGGGCGGGUCGUGGGAGAGAUUAGUACGAUCUAUCAAGACGGCUCUGGAAGCUAUGUACACUACAAGGAAUCCGGAUGAAGAAACCUUCGCAACACUGAUCGUCGAAGCUGAAGCCGUCGUAAACUCGCGCCCACUCACUUUCAUCCCGGUUGAUCCAGGACAGCAAGAGGCUUUAACGCCAAAUCAUUUUUUGUUGAUGAGUUCGAGCGGAGCAACACAGCCGGCGAAGGCUUUGGAGGAGGCCACCCAGGCGUGCAGGAGCAGCUGGAAUCUAUGUCGGGUCAUGGUGGACUCGUUCUGGCGCCGUUGGAUACGCGAGUACCUACCCACGAUUGCCCGGAGAACUAGAUGGUUUAAAGAUGUGAAGCCGAUACACGUUGGAGAUUUGGUGAUCAUCGUAACCGAGGCAGCUCGGAAUGGAUGGACAAGAGGUAAGGUCCUUGAAGUGAUUCAGGGAUCCGAUGGAAGAGUACGGCAGGCGAUCCUGCAAACAUCUGCUGGAGUAGUUCGUCGACCGGUGGCGAAACUAGCAAGACUGGACAUCGAUGGAGGUAACGUUGGCCAGAACAGUUCCGGACCAAGUUACGGGCCGGGGAAUGUUGCCGACUUGGGAAUCACUGAGCGAUACGCCCCGAUUGACUCACAACGACCGCUAUGUGGGACUACCUAG